AGAAACAUGAUAAGGAAUUAUGUAAUCUACUACAUAUGACUAGACAUGGAUACCAAAAGUAAAAGACAUACACUUAAUUUAACGAUUCUCGUUUCAAUAUUUAUUGCGCAGCUCAUAGCAUUUGUUGUCAUAUCGUUACAUGAGGAUCAUAAAAGGGAAAUACUGCAGAGUAAACUGGAAACAAAACGUGAACUCAUUCACAAUAUAUCAACGACUUGUAAAUUUAAGAUACAUGAUCUUCACAACGUUUUUAGCACACUUGUUGGUUCAGCGAAAACAUCUAAUGACAACAAUGUCACUCAUUUGUUUUCACGUAGACAGACAAUGAAUGAUGUCCAGAGUACAAUACAAAAAGAGGAAACCUUAUUGGAGAAGACAUGUGGCAAUGACACUAAGAUUUGCAUGCGAGGAACAAAAGGAGAAAAUGGACAAACGGGAGAAAAGGGUGACCUUGGCAUCAAAGGAGAAUUUGGAGUUCAAGGCAUCAAAGGAUUAAGAGGUGGAGAAGGAAUAAAGGGGUAUCCAGGAAACAUAGGCUCAAAGGGUCUAAUGGGAGGAAAGGGUAUAAAAGGUGAUACUGGAUAUUAUGGAUAUAUAGGACUCAAAGGAGAAGCGGGAACUUAUGGACAAAAUGGGAAAAACGGUCACAAUGGUAUACAAGGACCGAAGGGAGAAACAGGGCACAUUGGUGGAAAUGGAAUUCUAGGAAACAAAGGUGCACCAGGAAGGAAAGGGUCAACAGGAGUUAGUGGCGAUCAGGGUAACUCUGGAUCCAAGGGUCAAACAGGUAUUCCAGGUCCGGUAGGAAUUACAGCAAAUAGCACGACACAAUGCGAUUGUAUACGUGGUUCUACGUUUCAUUUUACUAACCCAACCAACACUACAGUUAUUUUCCCCGAGGGAAGUUUUGAAGUUUUGAACUGUUCAGCAGAAGGACCGAAAGACAUGAGCUUUUCUAUUGUUAAAGAUGGUGUAUGCAAUACAUUUAAUGGUACACAACAUUACAUGUUUAACAGCACAAAGUUUUCCGAUGCUGGGACUUAUGCUUGUAUGAUCUCAUUGAAUGGUGAAAGAAAAACAAAGACAAUUGAAGUUGUCAUUACAGGACGAAACGUGUGUGAUUUUGAGAAUGGAUUGUGUGACUGGACGCAGGAUGCUGAUAAUGACACGAAUAAUUGGAUACUUCAUUCUGGAAAUACGCCAUCAAGGGGGACUGGCCCCGACGUCGACCACACAUUGGGAAAUAGUACAGGACACUAUUUAUAUUUGGAGGCGUCAAGCACACCCAUCGGUGAUAAUGCCAUAUUAAAGUCUCAAACUUUGUCGUCGUCAGCGUAUUGUCUAUCUUUUAGCUACCACAUGUAUGGAAACAGAAUGGGAAGUAUGAAUGUAUAUGUUCAGGACUGCAAUAAUCCAAAAUUACAAACAAUUUGGAGCAAAAAUGGAGAUAAAGGACAAGCUUGGAUGAAUGCGUGUAUAUACAUCAGUAAACGUCAACAAGACUAUCAGUUAGCUAUUGAAGCAGUAAGGGGAUCCGGUUACUAUAGUGAUAUGGCUAUAGAUGAUAUGGUCAUUUCAGCAGUAGCUGAUAAUCAGAAUUGUACUUGUUUCAAUAUAGAUUAUGAUGACUACUGUGAUUUUGACAAUGAUUUAUGUCAUUGGAAGCAAGGCACGGUAGAUAAUUUAGACUGGACCCGAAAGCAAGGAUCAACGCCUUCUGUCCAAACCGGACCAUCGAUGGACCAUACAACUGGAAUAGGAUAUUAUUUAUACCUAGAAAGUAAUAAUCAUAAUGGACAAAAAGCAGAGCUAAUAUCAGAAUAUAUCCAAGGCACAAAGGAUUACUGUUUAUCAUUGUUUUAUCACUUGUUUGGUGUGGGCAUUGGACACUUAGAUAUUUUCAAAGAGGUGCAACAGAUAAGUGGAAGUACAACUAGAUACAAGCUGUUAUCACUGACAGGCAAUAAGGGGGAUGCAUGGUUGGAACAGAAGUUAUCGAUUACAUCACCAUCAACUUUCCGUAUUGUAAUAUCAGGUGCAAUAGGGGGUGAUACAAGUGAUAUCGCAGUAGAUGAUAUAAGGAUAAAAUCAGGACAAUGCCAAUAGGUGGUGAUACAAGUGAUAUCGCAGUUGAUGAUAUAAGGAUAAAAUCAGGACAAUACAAAUAGGUGAAAUGAUAUU